AUGAAUGAACCACAACCUGGCACAUAUAUUGAUCAGUAUACUUUCUCAAGUAAUUAUUUAUAUCCAUUUUAUAAGCGUGUUAUACAAGCUAUAACUGGUGUUCGUGAUAAUUUACCUGAUUGUCCAAAACAUGCUCCAACGGGAACAAAUUGUUCUUAUCCAAAUUUAGGAAUCAAUGAUAAACGACAUUUAUUUUUUGUUGAACCAACUUCAGUUCGAAAUUUAUUGGAUUUUACUCCUCAACAUUCUAUACCAUUUUCAUCCUAUACAAAUAUUGUCUAUGCUCCUCAUGUUUAUACGCAUGUCUUCACAAUUGAUAGUAUAUUACAUUUGAAUCAAUCAUUAUAUCCACCAUCAUUCGAUUAUGCAUAUGAGACAGCAUUAAAUGAAUCUGUUGGUUUACAAAGUGCAGUUUUAGUUACAGAAUUUGGUUGUGGUGCAGACGCAGAUGAAAGAUUAUUAGUUCCAACGAUAGAUUCCCAAGAUAAAGCAAUGAUAUCAGCAACCAUAUGGCCAUGGAAAAACAAUUGUUUUCAAGAAGGUUGUGAAACAAGUUGGAGUUUAUACGAUUCAGGUACACUAAAUAGUACAGUUGCAAAUCAAAACGGUCCUGAACGUCCAAAUCGUGUUCGAAUAUUAUCUCGUGUAUAUCCACGUGGUGUCAUUGGACAAUUAAAGCAAUAUUUUUACAAUACAACGACAUCAUCAUUUAUAAUGACUGUCAAUUGUAUUAAUAGCACAUCAUUACUAUUAAAUAAUGAAACAAUAGUUUAUAUACCAAGACGAUUAAAUAAUUCAGUAAUCAAUGUUACUGGUGAAGCUACAUUAAAAAAAAUAAUUAAAAAUCCAGAUCAAAGUCGUUUAAUUAUUAUUAAUCCAACGUGUAAUGGACAGUACCAUGUAUUUGUUGCAAAUAAUACAAAUGCAAUUGACGAAUUAUAUAAAAAAACAGUCAUAAAUAAUAAUUCUACUAAUGUUAAAUCAAAUAAUCGUCAUAAAACAAUACAAUCAAUGAAAAAAGUCUAUGAAUUAUUUCAACUCUUACAUGCUGCUGCUGUCAAAACUGGUGAAACAUUUGUUGCAACAUCUUCCAACUUUGUGAACAAAUUUACAGCACUGCAAAAUGCUGUUGAAAUCAAUAUAAAACAUAUAAUACCACUGUUGAACGAAUUUCGUAAGCAAGCUUAA